UGGACUUGAAUGAAUCAUGAAUGGGAAUUAAAUUCAAAAUGAGCCGUUUCUGUUUGUGAUCGAUUCUGAUCAAUAAGUUUAAGGACAUAUUUCCAGUGGACAAGCUGCUGUCUCAGUAAUACAGUAUGGUUGUAUUAAUGUUUGAUAUUUCAUCCAUGGAAACCUCCAGGCUGAGGAUUUGUCAAAUCUCUCAAACACUAAACCUCUCUUACAGACUUACACAUUGAUCCGGACCUGUUUGCUCACAAAUAAAUGCUUUUGGCAAUAUUAAAACAUUACAUUUAGAGGGAGCGGAUUAUCAGCUUGGGAUUUAUUACAGUAGAAGAAUCUGCACUGAAAAUGAGGACAGGCACCAAACUGGCCUUGGCCAUAUUCCUCGUCUCCUGUUCAUCAGGUGCGAUUCUGGGGCGCUCGGAGACGCAGGAGUGUGUGUUUUAUAAUGCGAGCUGGGAAAAGGACGGCACGAACCGGAGUGGAAUCGAGCCGUGUUAUGGAGAAAAGGACAAACGACGACACUGUUUCUCCACCUGGAAGAACCGCUCAGGAACCAUCGAGAUGGUGAAGCAGGGAUGCUGGCUCGAUGACGUCAACUGCUACGACAGCAGCGAGUGUGUGGAGCGUAAGGAGAAUCCUGAUGUCUUCUUCUGCUGCUGUGAGGGGAACAUGUGCAACGACAGGUUUCUCUACAGUCCAGAGACUCUUCAGACCACAUCGAACCCGGUCAGCCCGAAGCCGGACCCCUUUCCCACAAUGCUCUACUCUCUGAUUCCCAUCAUGGCUGUUGCUGUGAUUCUCUUCAUCUCAUUCUGGAUGUACCGGCAUCUGAAGCUGUCGUACCCGCCGCUACUCGUGCCGUCACAGGAUCCCGGACUGACGCCCCCGUCUCCUCUGUUGGGCCAGAAGCCUCUUCAACUGUUAGAGGUCAAGGCUCGAGGACGCUUCGGCUGCGUCUGGAAGGCUCAGCUACUCAACCAACCGGUGGCGGUCAAAAUCUUCCCUGUCCAGAAUAAGCAGUCAUGGCAGAAUGAAUAUGAGAUUUAUAGUGUGAGUGGAAUGAAGCAUGAAAAUAUCCUUCACUUCAUCGGAGCAGAAAAAAGAGGAAGCGGAGUGGAUAUAGAGCUCUGGCUCAUCACAGCGUACCAUGAGGAGGGCUCGUUGACGGACUUCCUGAAGGCUAAUGUUGUGUCCUGGAAUGAGCUGUGCCUGAUAGCGCAAACGUUUGUGCGCGGCUUGGCGUAUUUACAUGAGGACAUACCCAACCUGAAGGACGGACACAAGCCUGCCAUUGCACACAGAGAUAUAAAAAGUAAGAAUGUGUUACUGAAGAGCGAUUUAACCGCCUGUAUGGCCGACUUUGGCCUGGCGCUGAAGUUUGAAGCAGGGAAAUCUACAGGUGACCUACACGGACAGGUGGGAACGCGACGCUACAUGGCUCCUGAGGUGUUGGAGGGAGCGAUCAGUUUCCAGCGCGACGCGUUCCUCAGAAUCGACAUGUACGCGGUGGGUCUGGUGCUGUGGGAACUGGCCACGCGAUGUACAGCAGCCGACGGUCCUGUGGAUGAGUUCUCUCUGCCGUUCGAGGAGGAGGCGGGUCUUCAUCCGUCUCUGGAGGACAUGCAGGACGUCGUUGUGCAUAAGAAACUACGACCGAUGUUCAGAGAAGACUGGCUAAAACAUACGGGUCUGGCGAUGCUCUGUGAGACUAUCGAGGAGUGUUGGGAUCACGAGGCCGAGGCUCGUCUGUCUGCGGGAUGUGUCGAGGAACGCAUCAUCUCAAUGCAACGCAACACCAACCUCAUCGCCCCCGACGACAUCCUCUCUGUCGUCACCAUGGUUACCAACCUGGACUUCCCCCCGAAAGAAUCCAGCCUAUGAUGCUGUUCUCUCAGCUAAUCGUAUUGCAGCGCGUGAAAGACGUGUGAGAGAGAAAAGCGGACUAAAGUGUAAUUGUUCCAUGCAAAACGAGUGCAAAAACUUAAGAAGGAACUCAUGACCCAAGGAGAUAAGACACACGGACACCUGUGUUUGCACCAAAACGUCUUUUAUGCACAAAGGAAAGACUUUUCUGUUUUGUAAGAACACUAACUCAUGUGAUUUUAGUAUAAAAAGGGCAACACUCUGGACUGCACUUGCUGUUCAUUUCUGCAAAUCAUUACAGUCAUGCCAAUACGAGACAAUUCUGAAUGUCUGCCGUUCAGCCGUGAAUCACACACUGAGGAACUAGUGCUGAAAUAACCAUAAACCUCCCUAAACAGGAAUACCUCAUUUUGAUUUAUCGUGCUUUUAUCUGAGCAGCUGCUACAGAGGCGAGACGAGUAGCUGUAACACACGGUAGUGUUUCACAUCUCUGCUUCAUUUCAUGCAUCACAAAACUCUUCUGAAGGGGCCGUAUCAUGAGGAGAUGUUCGCGUCACUGAAU